AUGAUCACGAACCACAAUCUAGAACAACAAUGUAUUCGUGGCAUGAAACGUAGAGCAGAACAAGAAACAACUGCGAUCCCGAAAGUUUAUGAACAAGAAAGUAUUAAAUUUUUCAUGCAAACUGGAGGUAUAUUACCAGUAUUUAAUUCAGUACGAUUGUCACUAUAUCGACGUCGUAACAGUAGUCUUCCGGUCAUACCACAUAAUUUGACAGAAUUCGAUAUACCGGACGACUGGAAGAAGGAUAACCUCGGCGGUGAUUUUCUUCAGAUAAAUGUUGAUACAGACGCAAGGCUUCUUGAUUUUGUCUCGCAAUGUGGUUUAGAACGUCUUGCUGAAGCAAAACAUUGGAAUGCCGAUGCGCAAUCAAUGAAACCAAGUUUAUUUGCUGCACUACCCGAUAAAUAUCAGACUACAUAUACAUCGCUCAUAACAAACCUGAGUGAACUUUCAUUGAAUAAUAAUAUUAUUUUAAAUCCAGAAACUAUUAUGAUGGAUUUUGAAACAGCAGCAAUCAAUAGUUUUGAAAGCGCCUAUCCAACAGCAUCAUGUAAAAGUUGUUACUUUCAUUAUUGUAAAAAUUUAUAUAAACAAAUCGGUAAAAAGGGAUGUAUUAAACUGUAUCAAGAAGAUUAUAUCGUUAAACAUUGUAUGGGGCGUUUAUUUUCCUUACCAUUAUUACCACUUGAUAUUAUUAAUGAAAUUUUUACGGAUAUGUUUCCAACCGACAGACGUUUACAAAAAUUUUGUGAUUAUAUUUGUUCAACAUACAUUGAUGAUGGCUGCAGAUAUUCAAGACAAUUUUGGAACCUGUAUGAUUGUCUUCAAAAUCGGCCUAACACGAACAAUUCACUGGAAGGCUAUCAUAGAAAACAAAAUAGGUAA